CUCUGAGGGAGAGAGGGAGGGAGGGAGGGAGAGAAAGAAAGGGAAGAAACUAGAUCAGAGCGCUGAGAGAGGGAGAGGGGGGCAGCGGAUCUCGACGGCGGCAACAAUGGAGCUUUAGGAUCCAGGGAGGUGGUAGUCCGCCUGAAAGCGGCCGGGGAAGGGGGCGCAGAGACUAUAUUUGAGGAGGGGGGUGGAAGGAGGAGGAGGAGGGAGGAAGAGGAGGAGGAGGAGGAUGGGCCUGGAAGACAGCCUUGCAAUGGCUCUGCAAAUAUUGGAUUAAAGCAGUAUGCUGGACAAGAGUGAGGUGGCAACCUUAGGCCUACCCUCCACCACCAGCCAUGGUGGCUCUGACAGCAACAUCAGCACUGACGGAUCGGGAGCGGCGGCGGGCGGGGCAGCAGGGGGCGCGGAGGACCCGGGUGCCGGCGAGCCCCCCCGGACGCGUGUGGCUCUGGAGCACCUGCAGCAGAAGAUCCUGAAGGUCACCGAGCAGAUCCGCGUGGAGCAGGAGGCCCGGGACGACAACGUGGCCGAGUACCUGAAGCUGGCCCACAACGCGGACAAGCAGCAGGCGUCCAGGAUCAAGCAGGUGUUCGAGAAGAAGAACCAGAAGUCGGCACAGACCAUCGCACAUCUGCACAAGAAACUAAAACACUACCACAAGAAGCAAAAGGAGAUCGAGCAGAAUGGACCGGCCCGGCAGCCCAAGGAUGUCCUGCGGGACAUGCAGCAGGGGCUGAAGGACGUGGGGGCCAACGUCCGCGCCGGGAUAAGCGGCUUCGGGGGCGGCGUGGUCGAGGGGGUGAAAGGCGGCGUCUCUGCCCUCACCCACACGGCCGUGGUCUCCAAGCCCAGAGAGUUCGCCAGCCUGUUCAGGAACAAGUUUGGCAGCGCCGACAACAUCGCCCACCUGAAGGACACGCUGGAGGACGGGGUCGGGGGACACUCCGAGGACGCCCCGACGCCCCGGGCGCUCAGCGGGAGCGCCACCUUGGUGUCCAGCCCAAAGUACGGCAGCGACGACGAGUGCUCCAGCGCCACGUCGGGCUCCGGAGCGGGCAGUAACUCUGGUGGGGCCGGAGCGGGGGGAGGAGGAGGAGGAGGAGGAGUAGGAGGAGGAGGAGGAGGGGGGAUGCUAGGGGCAACGAUGGGGAGCCCCCGACUGGACGGGCACCACAACCACCACCACCAUCACAUGCACAGCUCUUGGGACUCCCUGCUGGAGGGGCUGCAGGAGAUCAAGGCCAGCCAGACGCACAUGGAGGACGCCAUCGAGGAUAUGAGGGGCCAGCUGCAGAGCGACUACUCCUACAUGACGCAGUGUCUGCAAGAAGAGAGAUACAGGUACGAGCGGCUCGAGGAGCAGCUGAACGAUCUAACAGAGCUGCACCAGAACGAGAUGACCAACCUGAAACAGGAGCUGGCCAGCAUGGAGGAGAAGGUCGCCUACCAGUCCUACGAGAGAGCCAGAGACAUUCAGGAAGCCGUGGAGUCGUGCUUGACCCGCAUCACCAAGCUGGAGCUGCAGCAGCAGCAGCAGCAGGUGGUGCAGCUGGAGGGAGUGGAGAACGCCAACGCCCGGGCCCUCCUGGGGAAGCUCAUCAACGUCAUCCUGGCGCUCAUGGCCGUGCUGCUGGUCUUCGUCUCCACUUUGGCCAACUUCAUCACCCCGCUGAUGAAGACCCGGGCGCGCGUGGCCUCCACCGUGCUGCUGACCCUGCUGCUGUUCGUCCUGUGGAAGCAGUGGGACUUUGUGGAGACGUGGCUGUUGCCCAGCUAGACGUAAGCUCGGAGAAAGGGACGAGAACAAGGAGACACGAAGACGCUUCCUCGGAGAGAGAGCCUGGUUACCCUUUGAGGUCAGGGUGUUGAUGCAACAGCAGAGCUAAACCGGUUGAAUAAGGACGUCGCAUCAUUUCAUCCAAAUUUUCAGGUCUGGAUGACUAAUCAUGAAUCCCCAUUUGCUAUCACCAAAAACAAACAAACAAACAAAAAAAAAAAAACAGAAAAUCCUGCAAGAAAUCUCUUUUUCUAACCAUUCAACAUACACAACGGGCGGACUUUCGCUAGCUGUAAAUCUUCAUGUUGAAGCUGCAGCAUUUUAUUUUAUUUUUUUCUUCAUGAAUGUCACGUGCUCUCAUGCAUGUUCUCGUACGUUGCACUCAGCAGAUGCAUCCAGCUGGCAUGAGUUAGCAUCUCAUUGAUGACAGAUAAAUGUGUUUUCUGCCAUGUCUGUUGUCGGAAACAUAAGUGCAGGCGUGUUGUUUCUCCACUCAGAGUCAUUCUCGUGUGUUUUUUUUUUCUUUCUUCUUUUUCUUCACAUCCCGUUCUGGUGUUUUUCGGCAGUGCUUUUAGGCUUAUUUUUGAAAGGGUGGAUCAUAGCUGAACUGUAAGAAUCUGCUAAAACUCACAACGCGGAAUGAAAUUACCGAUUCUGUACACGGAUACUAACAGCGUAGACCUACGGCUAUCCACCACGUCAAAUUACCCGGCAUGUCAAAAUUUAUAUCCAGUUUGCAAAAACAAAUGUUGCUGUUUUAUUAAACAAUGUAAGAAAUAAAUGAUUUCAUAUGCGAGA